UCCUGCAUCAUCGGUGGCCGCACUCCGCUCCACUUCUCUGUCAACCGGUCGAGCGGGUCAUCAGUGUUGUCACGGCGUCCACCUGCUUCGCCAGCCGCGUCUCUCCCAGCGCAGCCCCCGCCACUGUUUGCUUUUCCUCAUUCCCGGAGGAAACUCCCGAGUCAGAGCCAUGAGACCAGCCGUCGUGAUCCAGAUAAUCCUCCACUACGUUGGAUUUAUUGGCUGCAGAUUGACGUCUCCCUGCCCGAGUGGACAGUUUCUGCUGAGGAACCAGUGCGUCCUCUGUCACCCCACCUGCUCCGAGUGCGACGGACAUGAGCUGUACGAGUGCACUACCUGUGGAGUUGAUGAAAACGUACAGGAGCGCUUCCUCCACCAAGGACGCUGCCGGACACAUUGUCCCAGGGGACUUUACCCUGACAGGGGUCACUAUGCCUGUCUGCCCUGCAUCGCCAACUGCGAACUCUGCACAGAUGGUAACAUUUGCGCCAAGUGUCGGGAACACUACAAACUCCAAGGUGGACUCUGCCAGGCUGCGUCAUGUGACAUAGGGCAGGUGCAGGACCCUGACACAGGAGAGUGCAUCAGCUGUGAGAUGAGCUGCAAAACAUGCUCCUCUGAAGACCCUGGGAUCUGCACCAGCUGCGUCGAGGGACACUUCCUGUUCAGGCACCAGUGUCGCUCGCACUGCCCUCAGAGCACCUACGAAGACUGGGGCCGGGGCGUGUGCCUGGCCUGCCCCUCGCCGUGCACCGACUGCAGCAGCGGCGGCACCCGCUGCCUCGCCUGCCAGCCUGGAUACUUCCUCAACGGUGGUGAGUGCGUGAAGCAGUGUCCGCCGCAGUCCUUCAGUGACUCCACCGGGUGGCGCUGUCAGCCCUGCCACAGCGUGUGCCAGACCUGCCACGGCCCUCGAGCCUCAGACUGUGACCUGUGUCUGGGUGGGAACCCUCCGCUGCACAGCCAGUGUCCCUUUGUCAGCUGUGGCCUCGGGCAGUAUUUCGACGUGGUGCACGGCAAGUGCCUUUCCUGCGACGCUUCCUGCAAGACCUGUUUCGGCCCGCAGGGUCUGGACUGCUCUUCUUGCUUGAAAGGAUUCUUCCUGGACCAGGACAGCGCCUGUGUGUCGCAGUGUCCCUCUGGCUCCUUCGCCAACGCCGCCACUCAGUUGUGUGAGAACUGCUCCCCGAACUGCGAGUCUUGCGUCGACACCAGCGAUAACUGCAUGAGCUGCCCCGCGGGCAGCGAUGCCCGCUUCCUCCACCAGGGGAGAUGCUGGUCCAACUGUCCCGAUGGCUUCUUUGAGACGGCUGACGCCUCGUGUGAGGCGUGCGACGGCUCCUGUCUGACGUGUGACGGCAGCAGCACCACAUGUCUGUCCUGUGCUGAAGGCCAUUAUUUGGAGAGCAGCACCUGCCGACUCAACUGCUCGGUCCGGACGUUCCCGGCCGACGAUGGGAUGUGCAGGCGCUGUCCGCUACACUGCGACGUCUGCUCAAACGAACGGACCUGCUUCAAAUGCAGCUUCCUGUACCUGAUGCUGAACGGGGUUUGCAAGGCCAACUGUCCCGCCGGGUUCUACGAGGACAUGGACGAGGGCCGCUGCGGCCAGUGCCACCCGACCUGCAGCAGCUGCUCAGGCCCCCUGAUGGACGACUGUGAGACCUGCUCAACCUUCACCCCUAAACUCUACAAAGGCUCGUGCUCCAAGACCUGCCCGAGCGGGACCUACUACGAACCCGCGGCCGUGGAAUGUCAAGAGUGUCACCAGACGUGCCAGAGCUGCAGCGGCGCCAGCCCCAACCAGUGCACCCAGUGUGAAAGAGGCCUGGUGCUGGAUCCCAACACGCUGCUGUGCGGCGUGACCGGCGACACCGACUGCCCUCCGAGGACGUACCUGCACGACGACCGCUUCACCUGCAUGAGCUGCCACCGCCACUGCUACUCCUGCGAAGGCCCGGGAAGCGACGCCUGUCAGACCUGUGCCGUCCCGAAGUACCUCCACAAUCGCACCUGUGUGAUGGAGUGUCCGGCCGGAACGUACGGCUCCACGCAGGAAGCCGACGGAAAAGAGCUGGGGUUCUGCGCCACGUGCCACCAUGUCUGCGCCACGUGCAGCGGGGCGUCGCCUAAAGACUGUCUCACCUGCGCCAGAGGAUACCUGCGCCUGCUGCACCUCUGUGUCACCCACUGCCCCACAGGGUACUACAGCGCGGGCUCCAACUGUGAGAAGUGUGACCCGUCGUGUGAGAUGUGCUCUGGCCCGGGACCAGAGUCCUGCAGGAGCUGCUCGCCUCCUCUGCUGGAGCUGCAGGGCACCAGGCUGUGUGUGGAGGCGUGUCCGCAGCGCUUCUAUCUGCAGGACGGCGUCUGCAGACAGUGUCACGUCAGCUGUCAGACCUGCACAGGUGACUCACCCGAAGACUGUCUGACCUGUGACUGGGGCAGCACGCUCAAGGACAAAGUCUGUUACCCACACUGUGAGGAGGGACAGUACUUCUCAUUAGAGGAGUCCUGCGAGCCGUGUGACAUCUCAUGUAAGCACUGUACCGGUCCCAGACCCGACCAGUGUCUGAUCUGCCACCAGGACUCCGGCCUCCACCCGAUGGAGAGCCGCUGCGCUCGCUGCUGUCGGGCGGCAGGAAACGACAGCGACUGCUGCGUCUGCGACCGACGCUCAGCUUUGUGCGUGGAGUCGUCUCAGCCCAAAUCGGAAGACGCGACCGACCUGAACGUGUCGUCGGGCUCUUUCAAACAUGGCGCUGCCGCCCUGCCGGUGGCGCUGCUGCUGGCCAUCGUGUUGGCGCUGGCCCUGUUCGCUCUGGUCAAAGCCCACGGCCGGAAGAGGUUCUGCUGGAGCCAGAGCUAUGAGCGACUGAGCGGCAGCGCUGGCAUCCACAUGCCGCACGGCGUCCCCGAGCCCGACAGCGGCGACGAGGUGGACGUGGUGUACACCAGCCGAGGAGGAUCGGUGUACCGCAGAUACAGCUUCAUCCACGAACAGGACGCGGACCAGGACCAGCACAGUCACCCCAACCAAUCCUAGGCGCCAUAUUCAGCUGACUCAUCAGCCAAGUCACCUUCCUCAGUCAUGGGACUGUUUUACUGGGGACCAGUCAACAAUGGAGUCAUUUUUUUGUUCUUGUAAACCCUUGUGUUGUCACAAAAAACGAUUUAAUGAAAAAUGUACUUAGUUGAAGCGGGCCAUUGCUCCCGAUAUACAUGUGUGGAUGUUAGCUAGGAACCUCAGGAGAGUUUGUCUAGUCGUCUGCCUGUAGGAGUGUAAAAGUAUGAUGGUCAAUAAUA